UUAAGAGAGCGCGCAAAGGACAAAUAAAAUUAUAAGAAUCAAUAGUGGCAAUGGAACUUUUUUGGGUGGAAUCUCGACUUGGUAUGGUUUAAUCGCAGUAAGCACGGCUAUGAGAGUUUUCUUUAACCGAAAAGCAAGGAUUCUUCGUUGUAUUCGGAUUGGGAAUCCCAUUUGAAACGCCAAACAUGGCCUUUUCCCUUUGUGGGUCGGUAUCGUCGCUACUUUUCGACUUCUGCUUUAUAUGGUGUUUGGCAAUGGCAUCGGGAAUGACGAAAUCGGCUCCUAUUACUAAAGAACCUUCUUCGCAAAGAACCACAACCCGUUUCAAGCUCCAGUUUGAUGGAUGCCUUCGUCCGCCUCGAGACCCUGGGUUUCCGACGAUUCCCUAUCGCAUGGCCGUAUGUUCUGCUUGUGUUUGGGUGGUGCACAGUAGAAAUAACAGCGAUUGGGUUGACUUUGAUCGAAAUGACGUUGACGACAACGAUGAAACCUUGAUUACGCCAUUGGCAGUCGGCGCAAGGGCACUUCCAGUUUCCACAGAAACGACUUCACAGCAUGCUGAAUACGAAGGUCUCUUGUUGGGACUACAGUGGAUGGUUGAUUUUUUUUCACUACCAGACUGGAACAUACAAUAUACAUUUGCCGAGAAUUCGAGAGCACUUGAAAACAUCAGUGGGAUCGAUAGUUAUACUUCUACCAUGCGACAACCACAAAGAGUACUGAUAUCGAUAGAGGGUGAUUGCAAGACAGUCAUUGAUCAACUUUCAGGGAAAGCGAUACCUCGAAAAUUGGAAUCGUUGCAUGUACGCGCUCAGAGUUUGUUGGACGAGCUCACAAAUAGAAACGUAGUUGUCAUCAAUGAUGAUGAUGAUGAUGAUGAUGAUGAUGAUGAUGGCAAAAUCUCAGACGCACGUAGCCUCGAGUCAACAGAGGCAGUAGCAUUUGACAUAGAAUGCCGCCAUAUACCAAGAAGUCACAACCCAAUCAGUGAUAGCCUGUGCAAUAAUCUCAUGAACAUUAUUGCUGCGAAGUCUUGGAAUGACAGCAUUCAGAAAUUGGAAGAAGCCGAGAAACAUGUAAUGGAUCAUGAACUCUCUGCUUCGAGUCCGCAUACAAUCUCAGAGCGACUUUCCAAUAUCCUCGAAACUACAACUAAAACAWCGAAAUAUUCCCUCCGACCUCCUGUGUACGAUAUGUUGGCGGAUCUUGCCGUUAGGACAAAAGACUACAAAUUGCUGGUAGACAUUGGGGAGCGACUCGUCGAGGAAGGAUCUUUUAAAACCAAGCCUCAUUCUUCCAAGAGACGCCAUGGCUCAAGCACGUCUCCUAWGGRUGCUAUGAAAAUCGAAGGGAAUCAAAAAAAGAAAGGGAUUAGAUAUCAAAUCGAAGGUUGGAGGGGGUUGGGAAAAGAGAAAAAGGCAAGGUUUCUGGAGCGAAAACACAAAGUCCUACUUUCUUCGGAUGGCGGCGACGACUACAACUAUGUAAGUAAUAGAGCACUGAAAGGCUUGGGUGACAUUGCCAUGGGUGAUUGGGGGACAGCAAUACCCGACACCUGGAAGCCUGUGGUUCAUAAAUGGUUCGCUUCUGUUCGGUAUGACUCAGAAGACGAGCUGGUGSCAUUAUGGGAAGAAAAUAUUGAUAGGCAGUAGGUUCAAGAGACAUAGUAACGGGACCGAUCGCAAGUUUUCACUCUAUAAUGUAUUAUUCUAUUAUGGGAUUUUUUUCUUCCGUUUUAGUACCCAUACCGUUCCUUAUCAAUCCAUCCCUCGUGUUUCGGAUCGUCGGAACAGCGCACUGCCGAGAACGAAGCUAGGACAGGGCGAAAAAAUGCUCUCCACCACCGUGUAUGGUUAUCACCUGUAUAAACAUCAUUGCAUACCAAUGUUCCGUGCGUCAUUCGAUAUGGCUUUGUUCCACCAGCUUCUCGUUGACGAUUGUGCAUGUGCCUGCCCCAUAUGCGGCAAUUCAUUGUCAAUUGCACCGUCCGUAACACGCCUUCCUCAGCAUCAAUAUUGGUCUCUUCCCCCCCUAAUGCCGMUACUUUUUGGCGGGGGUAGGCUGUGAGUGAUACCUCGUCAUAAAAGCGAUCGGUCACG